GAGACAACGCCUUCAGCAGUCAAGAGAACCAGACUUGGUUUCAAUAACGAACACUUGAUAAUGCAGGAGGAAGGUGUUUACCUCGUAAAAACAUCUUACAAAAAUCGAAUUGCUACAUAUCGGCUUUUAUCGAAAAAGAUCCUAUCAACGUUAAUGAUUUUUUUAAUAAUCUCCGCAGAAAAGUCAUUGCGCUGGUAAGAUGCCAAAUCGAAAGGUUUGGUAACGUGAAAGUCGGUAUGGAGCUUUUUGGUCGUUUCCUCCUGCAAACGAAAGAAGUGGAGGAAACCAAGUCCUUUGGCUGUCGGUUCAGGGGAGCAAGCCAGGACACUGAUUUGGAGGAGAUGUUUGAACAGUUCACCACUAUCAUUAAGCGGAGAUUCCAGGAGUUUAAUGAAAAAGAUAGUGGUUGGACUCUUCAGCAACUCCUCCACGUAGAUGUAAGGGUAAAUAAAAUCAACCCACUAAAAGCCUCAUCUUACAUACCACUACCGAAGGAAAUAGAAGCGAAAAAGGCUGUGUUGAACAUUCAAAACACUGACCAAAAAUGUUUUGUAUGGUCGGUUUUAGCUGCCUUUCACCCAAUUCAUUGGACUCAGAACGCUAACAGAGUUCAGAAUUAUCAGCCUUUUGAACAGGAAUUGGAUGUGAGAGGUAUAGAUUUUCCGAUAUCUUUGAAACAAAUUUCAAAAUUCGAACAACUCAAUAAUAUUCCUAUUAAUGUUUAUGGGCUCGAGAAGGCGUAUAAACAUGAUAGGAAUAUUGUUGAAGCUGUGGGUCCUUUGUAUUUUACUAGAUCUCAUAAGGUAGAUAGACAUGUUCAUUUGUUAUUAAUCAGUGAUGAUUCUGGCAAUAAUCAUUACUGUUUAAUAAGAAAUAUGUCUCGCCUAAUCUCAAACCAACUUUCAGGCAAACAACAUUCAAAAUUCUUAUGCGAUGGUGGCUUGGUUUAUUUUUCUUCAGAUGUUAAAUUAAAAAAUCAUCAAAAAUACGAUUGUGGUCAUGUUAUAGUUGAAACCCCUUCGGAUAAUUUAAAGAAAAAUAAAUAUGGCGAAAAUAUUCCCGAGAAUAUCCUUAAAUUUACGAAUUUGGAACGAAAAUUAAAAGUGUCUUUUGUUGUAUACGCUGAUUUUGAAACUAUUUUGGAACCUAUACAAACAGAGCAAAACGAGCUGGAUUCUGAAAUUUCCUAUACGGUGAAAACACACCAACACGUUCCUUAUUCUUUUGCCUAUUACAUUAAAUGCGAUUUUGAUAAUUCUCAGUCGAUUUUCAAGACUUUUAGAGGGCCUGAUGCACAUAAAGUUUUCAUUGAUUGGUUAGAGACUGAUUGUAAAUCAAUCUACAACCGAUAUAUGAAAAAUAUUGUAUCCAUGCCUCCUCUCAGUAGUGUACAAGAAGCGGUGUUUUAUCAGGUAACGCAUUGUCAUAUUUGCGAAAGACCAUUUAAUAUAGAAGAUGAAAGAGUAAGGGACCAUUGUCAUCUAACAGGAAAUUAUCGAGGUGCGGCUCACUCUGUUUGUAACCUUAAUUUUAAAGUACCUAAUUUUAUUCCUGUGUUCUUCCACAACAUAUCAAAUUUUGACAGCCAUCUUUUUAUAAAAGAAUUGGCCGUUGAGGAAGAACAAUUAGACGUCAUCCCCCAAAAUAAAGAAAGGUAUAUUUCUUUCACUAAACAUGUUAUGGUGGAUGAUGACGUUACUCAACAAGAACAGGAAAAGCGGCAGCAAAGAGUAUUUUUAAAAUUAAGAUUUUUAGACAGUUUUCGCUUUAUGGCAGCGAGCUUGGAUAAACUAAGUCAAAAUUUAACGUCUCAACAGUGUCGCGAAGUUAGAAAGUUUUUCCCUAACGAAGAAGAAUUUAAGGUUAUUCGUAUGAAGGGUGUUUUCCCAUAUUCGUACGUAGAUUCUUUUUCCAAAUUAGACGAUACCAAGCUUCCACCCAUUGAUGGCUUCUAUAACGAACUUAGAAAAGAAGCCAUCAAACAAGGAGAUUACGAGCGUGCAUUGAACGUAUGGAAUUUAUUUAAAUGUCAAACUUUAGGCGAAUAUAUAUUUAAAAUCCGACGUACUAUUAUUAACUGA